UGCGAGUGCGUGCCACCGACGCCGAUGAUGAUGUUUUGUUCGUUUCGUUCGUGUGUCGCCUGCCAACCGCGCGAUUUCCGCUGGAAAUGAUCGACUCACCUGCGACAAACAGUGCCUUCGCCUUCAACCACGCCGAAUUUCUCACCCGCCGCCUCCACAGCGUAUCCCCAAGUGUAUAAUCAUCGCGGGUGGCUUGGUGAUAGCGCGCUGAAUCGAUGAUCGCCGCCGCAAUUUGGGUUAUUGUCAUCAUCAGCGCGUCGUGACGAGUGUACCGAGCACAUGCCUGAUGCAUCAUGCUGGAGUCCAAUUCGGUCAGCAGUCGUCUGCGAUGUCCACAAACCAAGUCCUGCACUACCCAACCAAUCAGAGCUCCGCCCCUGGAGUGGGCGGAGCUGCGCAUCUCAACCAUUCCGGCAUUUCGUCGAUCUCAAGCGUCGUGUCAAACACGACCACGACACAUUCACACACCCACCAUGAUACUGGUUCAACAGCCUCCUUACGACAAUGGCGUAAAAAAGAUGACAAGUUCCAGAUGGAUUCUACAUCUACCGAACCACAGGGUCCAAUCGCCCGGGUCGCACCACAUAACCACAACCCAAUCCCCCGUGGUGCGACAGGUAUCUCAGAAUCGUACCACCACACCCAGAAUAUGUUCGUCAAUCAAUACCCAGCAUAUACCGGUAUGGUCCACGAACAAAAAAGCCUAUCACAGGUGAAGUAUUCUGAGAUUGUCGAACCCCACCAACAACAGCACUUGACCCCGGUGAUACAGAAACAGAUACAUUCUACACAUCCAACCCAAUUGGACACUGCCCAAGUGCAGGUCCAGGUCCAACAGGUUCCUCAUCAUCUACAUGCAGGUGUCCAACCCUCGCAUGGUACCACCAGUCAGAUAAAGAAUUAUUCUACAACUGGAUAUAAGGACUUUAGUGGGAUCCACCAUACGAAGGAACCACAUCUGAAUCACCUCAACCAUCAUUCCCAACAUGUACCAGGGGUACCAGGGGUACCAGGUUCUUACAUACAGAAAGACUACUACACUCAGAAUUACAAACUGGGGCAAUACCCAAGGACAAUUGGUAUGACCAAUCAGUACCAGGAAUACCUAGGUUUUCCAACUGCGAAUUCUGAGAUUAGCUCAUAUCCGUACCCGAAUCGCCAUGCCAACUUCCGAACUAAUUACAGAAGUUACACCACCAAUGGACAUAAUUCUACAUUCCCUGGGAAUGUUCAGAAUUACUUCCCAGGGACUGCGAAUACAGGUGGUAGUUCUACUGUGGGAGUGGGGGUACCACCAAGUGGGAAACCCCAGGAGAUAUACAGAAGUAAUUAUCCUGCGUAUAGACUACCCGCACAGGUCCAGGUCUCUGGUUUUGAUCUCAGAAAUAUUUCUCCGAGGAGGAUAUACCAUGAAGUUCCUCAUUACCCUGCACCUAGGGUGUCUCCGAAUUGUUACAACCCUCCCACUGCUCAGCAUAUUGAAUAUGCUCAGCACUAUCAGAAUCGGAGAGAGUAUACCAUACCACAAGUGACCUUGGAUAAACCCUACCAUCAACACUUACCGAAUUUAGAAAGUCAUAAUCUAGAACAUUCUGAAAUUGCUCAAGGUACCCAAGGGAAGACCAACAGUGUCCUUAAACAUUUUAUUGAGGGUUUUAAUCCAGAAUCCGCAGAUGAUUCUAAGAGGAAUGAACAGGCGGUGUUACAGAAUCAGGUUAGCGAAGGUACCGCACCUCCGGAAAGUCUGUAUAUUCUAGAUUCUACAGAAAUAUCCUCGGAGAAUAUUGGAGAAUAUAUGCAUUUGAAGGUUGAUAAGCUACCAGAGAAUAUCAAAGGUUUUCUGGCUUCUACGUCUGUUAUUACAUCUCCUCUGAAUCUAACACAGGAUUCUGUAAUUAAAGAAUCUGUGUCUUCUGGUAGUACAGUUAAUUCUAACAGUGAACCAGUACAAAGUAACAUUUCGGUUAUUUCUGAGGUUAAAAAGAUAGCGAAUUCGCCUGUUAUGCAUUCUGAGUCUACGACUAGUUCGGUAAUUGUUUUCGGAGAACACAAUUCUAACAAAAGUGAGGUUGAUGAGAAUAAAAAUGUUACGCAACCUGAGAAAGUGGAUACUUCUGUGAUUAAGACAGCGGGGACUCAGAAAGAUUACACAGAAUUUCGACAGUUGAUUAAAACUCCAACGGAGUCUCCGAAAGUGGAAGAGUUUCAGAGUCCGAGGACUCCUGGGUCUACUUUGGAGGAGAUUCCGAAACCUUUGAAUAAUAUUGAGGAGUUUUUGGAUGAUGUAGAAAAUAAUGAUGGCGAAAAUGUGACUGACAUGUUUGUCAAACCGCAGUCACCACAAAUGUCAAGUGAGAAACCUGUCACUGAUGUCACGAAUGUCGAAGUGAUACAGAAAAAUAUCUCGGAGGAGGUAGAAAAGAUGGCGGAGGAUAAGGAAGUAGAUACAGAAAAUACACCAGAUGUAGAAAAAGUUGUUCCUGUUGAAGAAAAUAUUGUUUCUGAGAAUAAAUCGGAAGUUGUAGAAAAUUUAUCUGAUACAGAAAAAAUUAUAGCUGUUGAUGGCGAUUUUGUUACUCUUAGAAUUGCUGGAGAAAUUCUAAAGAUAUCCUUAGUCAAAACCGGAAGUGAACUUCAGAAGAAAUCAAUUUGUGUUAGUGCAUUGACCGAUUGUGAUGUGACAAUUGAUAAACAGAAUUCUACAACUGAACAGGAAGAAAUCACUAAAAUUCCAGACGUAGAAAAUUCGACAGUUGAAAAAGUCACAGAAAAUGUUAUGGAAAUUCGUACAGAAUCUAUAUCUAAUACAGAAGAUGAAAUUCCUAAGUCCCAAGAAGAUAUUUCUACAAAUUCUGAAGUUGAACCUUCUAUUUCUGAAGUUGAUUCUAAACCUGAAGAGAAAAUAAUAGAAAAUGUAGAUAGUGACAUGCCAGAAUUACACAAUCAGACUGAUCCACCAAAAGAUACAGAAUUAGUGCCUAUUGAGAAUUCCGAGAUGCCUCAACUAGAUGCAGAAUUAUACUCACCGAAUUCUCUGGGUGAUGUAGAAGCUUUAUUGAAUGAUAACUGUAAUGAAAUUAUCAUAGAAGGCGAAUGUGAUGGAGACGUAGAAAGUGAACCUGAUCUUUCUCUAUCCGUACUAAAUUCGCCAAUUACACCCAGCUUACUAGAAGAUGGUUAUGUUAUCUCUGACAGUCCUGAAACACCUAUGGAGACUGAUGCAGUUGUAGAAAGUGUUGCAGAAUUACCAUCUGUGACUAUUCCAGAAAAACCAAUGUUAGAAAUCAAUUUGGAAGGACUUUCUACAUCUGAACUACCGAAAUUGAAACAAGUUUUUGUUAAACUUAAAGAAUCCGACCGGGAGGAAGUGCGUAAACAUUUGACACAGAAAAGAAAGGAUGUAUUCCAAGUUCAGAAACAGAAUCUACAACUGACGAAAAAUUUCAGUGCUUUGAAGACGAUAGCGAAAAAGAGGAAGAGGAUUCAGACUUUGAAAGAAUACAAAAUGCAAAAAGAGAAAAAUUCUGUUACAGAAAAUAAACUACAGAAAAAUGAUAAUGGAGAUGUAGAAAAAGAUAAGGAAAAGUUGAUUAAACGUAGAAGUAGCUCCAGUGAAGUUGACGAGAAUAAAACCCAAGUUUGGCAUAUCCGGAGUAAAGAUGAACCAACCAAGCGUAAAAGAAAUAAUUCUGAGUCUUGUAAAGACGCAGAAGAUGUCGCGAAAAAGGUUAAAUCUGAAACCCACGCAGAAAAUCACAUGAUACCAAAGAAAAAGAACCUAAAGUUAGAAAAUAAAUCUGAAACUGUAGAAAAUUCUGAGACUAAUAAAAUUAGUCAUCGUAGACUCUCAGAAAAACAUUCCAAAGAUGAACAGGACCAAAGAAAGCAGCAUUCCAAAGUGGAUUCUAAUAAAAUCGAAGAAAAUAUUGAGAAUUCCGAGAAAGUUGAUAAACUGGAGAAAAGUUUUAUUAGCGAAAAACGUAAUUUCAGUAUAUUGGCGAAGGAUGAAAAGACCAAGACGAAAAUCAAAACACCAAGUGCCAGGAAUAAGAAGUUGGAAGCACUUGUAGAAUCUUCAAUUGUUGUUCAGACUCAGAAAACAGAUAAAUCUUCAGUUGAAAAUUCUGAGUCUAAGUCUUCUGAUCCUCCAAAGGAUAAUACUAUUACAGAAAAUAGUAAACCCUUAGUGGUUAAAACUAAAGCCCAAUUGAAAGAAACACCAACUUCAGAAACAAUCACAGAAUUACCAUCGAAACCAACUUUAGAAUUACCAGAAACACCUAUUGAUGAUAAUAUAACUCCAGAAACUAAUUCUGAGUCUAAACCAAAGAAAACAAAAUCAAUUCUAAGUCUAAACUCAGAUAGGAAGAAACUCUCGCUAGCUGAAUAUAAAAAGAAGCGUUCUGAUAAACUUCCGGUUCUUGAUGAAGAACGCAAACCGGAAGACAUUUUGUCAUUAUCUAAGUCUACUUUGAUUUCUGGAAUUGGCGCAGAUUUCGAAACUUUGUUGGAACGCGCUUUGGACGCUCCGAAUUAUUCUAAGCUUAACAUUCCGGCGAUUAUCGAGAAUAUUCCGAUGGAUGCCAUAAGGGCCGAAGAGGUUUCUCCAGUUCAGACUCAGAAUCAACCGAUUGUGAUAGCGUUGACGAGUGAUAAGAAUGAGAGACCUACGGAUCCAAGGUUGAAGCAUCAUAAAGUACAGAAUUAUCAGGUUGUCAAAUCUGGGACACCAAGUCCCGGAGGUUCCGGGCAUAUUGGAAGAGGUUUUAAUUCUGAGACUCGACGUAGAAGUUGUCCACAAGUUUUAGAAGAUCCUAGACUACGACCUGAGUUGAAACGACCAAGUUUGGACAUGAUUUAUGGUAAUACAAAUUCGGAGAAAAAUUCUAUGUCUCCUGCAACUUCAGAAAAUGAAAAAGAAAAAAGUCCACCUGAGGAAUCAACUACAGAAUUGUCUAAAAAUACAGAAUCAGUUGUGGAAUCACCACCGAAAGUGGUAGAAUUACCUGAAAAUGAACCUACAGUAAAAGAAGACGAGAAACAAGUUGAAACUACAGAAAAAGUUAUAGAAAUAAUCCCAGAAAAACAAGUUAUAGAAAAGAUUCCGAAUUCACCACAGUUACCAAAAAUACUGAAAGCCAGAAGUAAAUCUAUGUCCUCGUCAUCUGAAUCUAGUUCAGAGUCGGAUUCUGAGUCUUCAUCAUCAGAUUCUGACUCUUCUUCAUCUAAUUCUUCUGCAUCGUCGUCUUCGCUGUCAUCCAAGUUACGAAAACGACUCAGAAUGUUACAUCAAGAAAAGGAAAAAGAAAAGACUCAGAAAAUGGCGGAGUCAUCUGCCCAAAGUUCACCUCCAAUGGACUUAGAUAAAGAAAUAGACGACAUCUUUGUUAUGACGAAGAAAAAGUUUGAAAUCCGUCCGCGUAAAACAGGAACAAGCUCAGAAUAUGAAUCUGAGUCUACGAAUAAUCCUCGUAAACGAUUCCUGAUUAAUCUGGAUGAAAUCAAGACAAGUUUAGACUUUUCUGAGUCUCCUUCUAUGUCUGUGCCUAAACCUAAUUUGGGUGUUAAGAAGAUAAAGUUCAUUAUAGAUCCAGACGAUUUUAACCUGGACGAUAGAGAAUUUGAUACAGAAAGUGAUUCUGUCAGUCAACCUCAGAAUUCCACGAAAUUGAAAAACAUAAUUGAUUUGAAUGAAUUAUUACCGAGUCGGGAAGUGGACCAAAGUCAGAAAUAUGAUCCAGAAGAUACUUUUAGAGAAUCUAUCUCAGAUUCUGAGUCUAUGACCUUUAGAAAAGUUGAUGAAGAGAAAUAUGACAGAAUUGAUGAAAGGGAUAUUGAUAGGUUUAUCAACAAGGAACCACCUUCGGAAAGUGUUUCAAAUUCUAAGUCUGAAGAUAUUUUUCAAGAUGACGAAGUAAUUACAGAAUCUAAGCAAAUUAAUUUUGUGGAUCCCGAAAGAAACCUUCAAGACUUUGAUGAUAGUAGUAUAUCCAAAGAUGAAACCAGAACAAUUCUAUGUCUCGAUAAUUCCUCGGAGAAAGAUAAUGAACUUCAGAGAAAUGAUACAGAAUUGAAAAUAACUGAUGACGAGAAUACUUCUUUGUGUGAUAAUAAAAAUGAAAAUGAUGGCGAAAAAGAUGAAGAAUUGUCAGAAAAUAUAAAAAUGGCGGAUGUAGAAACUAUGGAAGUGGAUAAAAAGGAGGAAGAAAUUGUUGUAGAGAUGAAAUGUGAGGAAAACUUGGAGGGAAAAGAUGAAGAAAAUAUUAAUUCUGAGUCUAUUUCGGAGAAAAUUGGAAACUUAGAAAAGAGUGACACAGAAUUAAAAGAAGAAGAAAAAACAGUUAUGGAAGUAACCGAAGAUAUUUUUAUAGAGAAAGACAUAGAAUCAACUUCAGAAAGUACAGAAAUGGAGACAAAUUCUGAGAGUAUUGUAGAAAAUACUGAAGUGGUUACAGAAAAUACAGAUUCUAUGUCUACUUAUGACCAAACCGAUGAAGUGCCUAAACUGGACUCAGAAACUGAAUCAAAACUAGAUAUAGAUUCGGAGACACCGAAAAUUGACUUAGAAAAUUCAUCUGAUGACGUAGAAACGUCUAAAGAUGUAAAAGAAGAAAGUGUUGAUGAUUCUAAGACAGUUUCUGAAGAAACUAUUAAUUCUGAGUCGAUUAAUGUGGUUGAAGAUCAGUCUCAGAAUAUGACUUCAACUUUAGAAAAUCCCAAAAUGGAUGUAACUAUACAGGGUGACGAUUUACCAAUGAAUUUAUCCAUCAACAAUCAUCUACAUCAAAAUUCUACAACUGAUGGAGAAAUCGUAGAUGGCGAAAAAGUGUUGGACUUGAUAAAGACAACCAAAAUUAGUGAUACGUCUAGUUCAAAUGUUAAUGUAAAUAAUAAUUUUAUACAUAAUAUUAAUGUUACAGAAAACGAUUGCGAAAAGUUGCAGAAUCUAGAGUUACCAAAAAACAAUAAUACAAUUACAGAAUACAAAGACGAUUUUAAUCAAUCUGUAUCAACGGCAGCUAAUCAGGACCAAUCUACAACUACAGAUAAUUUAACAUGUGAUGUUCCUAAAAAUUCUGUAACUAAAAACAUUUGUGAUACCGCGAGUGCGACACCAUUUUCUAGCGAACUCCUCGAGUACAAACCAAACGGUGUGCCUAAUACAGAUUCUACAUCUACAUUUUCUACGUCUCAUUCUACGUCUAUAGCCGAUGAAGAUAUAUCCUGUACAGUUGAGGAGACCAAAGUGACUAUUCGUAAUCUCCGAAAAGGGACCAAGAAGACUACGAAACAGAAAUCACCACCGCAAGAAAUUCUAGACUUAGAAUCUGACAAGAAAAAAUCCAUAGAAGAUAUUUCGAAACGUUUACAGGAAACACAAAAUUCUACAACUACGAAUAACCAAUUGGAGAAUUCUCAGAAUUACAGAAUUUCUGAGUCUACAUUACCAGUUGGUUUUAAUUUGAAUAACUGGAAUGGUUUGAAUCUAAACUAUACGAAUUUCGGAUCGUUUCAGAAUUUUCAGUUUCCGAAUUCUGAGAAUCUAGAACUAUGGAAUAAAUGGCAACAGUUACAACAAUACUAUCAACAGAUGUAUUUUCUACAACAGAAUCAAUUUCUACAACAACAACAACAAGCAUCCAACUCACAACAGUCUCAGAAUUUGAUGGAGAAACAAUAUGGCGUGUUGAGUAACGACGAUCUCAAGAUGAAACUACACCGAAUUCAACCAGAAUUGUUAUCAGAUUGUUGA